CUUUACGCGUGCGUGUACGCGCAGGGUGGUGCCACUAACUGUAAUUAUGUGGCAGAAAGCUCCUCCUCCGUCCAUUUUUAAUCUCUUAUAUCCGCUAAUGCUGCGGCAGACAUUUACCACAAGCAGCAGGCAGCUAACGCGGGCUAACGCGCCGGAGGUCUGAGCCGGGAUCCUGACUGCGCGUUUGGGAAUAUUCCACCGACUCCCGGGAGACUCUCGUCCCGUCGGGGAACAACCGGAACCUGCGAGCAGUCGGCCGCAGACGGAACACCUGUGCACACGCAGAGCACCAGCAUGGCCGGUUCUGGGGAUGCAGGGGGAUCUUUGACCCCCGUGGAUUUCAUCCAGCUACAAAAAUUCAUGGAAGAUAGCCCUUUGAGAGUUAAAGAUGUGAUCAAGGAGUUUCGUCCAGGUGGCGGUCAGUCCAAGUACUGUUCUGGAGAAUACAUCGAUUUGGACGGCUUUUGUCACUUCCUGGAGACCUACCUGUGGAAUAACUCUAGAGACUCCUGCGAGCAGAAAGACUCCUGCGAGCGGAAAGAGUUCUGCAAGCGGCUUUUUCACUAUUUUCAGCACGCAGAGCAUAAUGGCUCCACAAAAGGUGAGAUGCCCAAAGGAGAUGGAGUGUUUCUGCGCGAUGUAUCCUGUUACUUCUCUGUUCUGGAGGAAGCACAGCCACGAGAGAAGCUUGAAUUUACGUUCAAACUCUAUGAUGCAGAUGGGAAUGGACUCUUGGACAGUUCUGAAGUGGACCGUAUAAUCACCCAGAUGAUGAGAGCUGCAGAUUACCUGGGAUGGGACGUGACUGAACUCAGACCAGUGCUGAAAGACAUGAUGACUGCCAUCGACGUGGACAGCAGUGGGACUGUCUCUCUGGAGGAGUGGGUGAAAGGAGGCAUGAACAAUGUGCCUUUACUUGUGCUGCUUGGCUUAAAGAUGAUCGAGAAGGACGGGCAGCACAUGUGGAGGAUGAAGCAUUUUAACAAACCGACCUACUGUAGCGUGUGCACCAACAUGCUGCUCGGCCUCGGGAAGCAAGGACUCUGCUGCAUCUGCUGCGCCUAUAUUGUCCACAGCCAGUGUGCCAACAAGAAAUUAGAACCCUGCGCGCGCACGUUUGUGGAAUCCAAGCAAGAAAUUGGAAAAGCCCGUCAUGACUGGAUCAAAGCUGACUGCAACAACAGCAAGUGUCAGGUUUGCUUCAAGAAGAUCAAAACUCUCGCUGGGAAGCGUUGCGUGUGGUGUCAGGAGAUGCGUCAUGACGACUGUGUUGUGCCGGGCCUUCCCAAAUGUGAUUGUGGGCCUCUGAAAGAUCACAUUCUGCCUCCAUGGGCCAUUUAUGCCGUCUCAAAGGAGGAGGACAGCUGCCUGUUGAACGUCACUCCUGAUGGCCACAUUCUGCAGAUUGCUCAAAUUUCUGACACACACCCUCUGCUGGUGUUUGUGAACCCUAGAAGUGGAGGGAAGCAGGGGGAACGAGUCCUUAGAAAGUUUCAGGGGCUUUUAAACCCCCGUCAAGUUUACAACCUGUCCAAUGGAGGUCCAACCCCCGGGUUGCACUUUUUCCGCACUCUGAAUCAGUACAGGAUCCUGGUGUGUGGGGGGGACGGCACAGUCGGCUGGCUCCUGGAUGCCAUAGACAGAGCAAACCUGCAGGUUCAUCCUCCGGUGGCUGUUCUCCCUCUGGGAACAGGGAACGACCUGGCCCGCUGUUUACGCUGGGGGGGAGGCUAUGAGGGCUCUGAUCUGAGAGACAUCCUGAAGUACAUCGAGGUAAGCGAGGUGAUCCCUGUGGACCGCUGGAGCAUCCGGGUGAUACCAAACGACCCUCAGGAGGCAGGAGACCCUGUACCCCAAGAAAUUAUCAACAACUACUUCUCCAUUGGUGUUGAUGCUUCUAUUGCUCAUCGUUUUCACUCCAUGAGAGAGAAACAUCCCCAGAGGUUUAACAGCAGAAUGAAGAACAAACUGUGGUAUUUUGAGUUUGCCACUUCUGAGACCAUUUCUGCCUCCUGCAAGAAGCUCAACGAGAGUCUCGUCAUUGAGUGCUGCGGAAGGCGUUUAGAUCUGAGCGGCGUGACUUUAGAGGGCAUAGCCGUCCUCAACAUACCCAGCAUACACGGAGGCUCCAACCUUUGGGGAGAAUCUAAGAAACCUGAUGGCGUGUCAGAGGUCGGGCAAAGCGAGGUCAUCACUGACCCAGAACUCCUUAAAGCCGUCACUCAAGAUAUGAGCGACAAGCGUUUUGAAGUAGUGGGUCUGGAAGGAGCCAUGGAAAUGGGUCAGAUCUAUACUGGACUGAAGAGAACGGGGCACAGACUGGCACAGGCCUCCCAGAUCACCAUCAGAACAAGCAAACCUUUGCCCAUGCAGAUCGACGGGGAACCCUGGAUGCAGCCUCCAUGUACAAUCCACAUAACUCACAAGUAUCAAGCUAACAUGCUAAUGGCUCCAGCCACCAAACCGUCAGGCUUCUUCCAUCUGAAGUGAAGGUUCUACGGCAUCUUCCAGCCCACAGAGUCACAGCCGAGUCUUUUAAUGUUCAUCGCUGAAUGUGAGUCUUUGUUUUACUGUGUACGUCUUUAGCUUUGAGUCUAUUUUAAAAUGUUUGCUUACAUUUCUACUGUAAAAGAGGCAAAUGUACCCCUGACAUCCAGCAUUCAACAACACAAAAUCUCUUAGAUUUUUGAUGUGACAUUUGUUUCCAGUCAUUGCACUGUUAGCAACUAACUUUGCAGAUUUUUUUCUUAUCUUGUCAGUAGAAAAGGAGCCAAGUCUUUAUUAGUUUUUAAAUACUUAAAUAUACAGUAAGUAUUUUUAAAUGUUAAAAAUAUUUUCCAAAAAGAGAUUUACAAAUAUACAUUUUACAGAAACAAAUAUUUUUCUAAAUAGUAAAUCUAUUAGAAUGAAGUUAAAUAUUUACGUUUUAUUACAAUUUUAAUCUACAAAAACUGUCAAGUCUGAUUUGUGUGCCAACGUAAUGUGAUGUGAAUCUGCUUGGUAACAAAUGAGAAGAAAAUGUUGUGUUUUUAAAGUAUAUUAAUGUAGAACAUGGGUGUACUAAUGACAUUUGUUGUUGUGAAGCUUUUUGUGUGCAUUUUGUUUAUUGUGUGUUUAAUUCAACUUGUAACCAAGUGGCUUUGUGUGAUCUCCACACCUGCUCUGAGCAUUGUCCCGUCUUGUGACUGCAGGAAUUCAUUCAUCUAGUUCAAAAGGUGCAUGGUAAAUCCAAAUUUAUUUUAUUUUAUUUUACUGAAAUUUUACUUUAUUUUAUUACAAUUUAUUUCAUGUUAUUGUUUAAUUUGGUUCUAUUUUUUAUUUUGUUUGAUUUAUU